AUGGCUUCCUCCAGCGACAAGGGCGGCCAGAUGGUCGACCUUGCCACGCUUUCGCUCCCGCAACUCAGCCAGCUCAAGAAGCAGCUCGACACGGAGCUGGAGCACCUUACCUCCUCCUUCCAGUCGCUGCGCAGCGCCCAGACCCGCUUCAAAGACUGCCUCAAGUCCAUCAACACCGGCCUGCAGAGCGGUUCCACCGAAAAGCCCAUUCUCGUGCCCCUCACCUCGUCCCUCUACGUUACCGGCACCCUCGCCGACGUCAAGAACGUGCUCGUCGAUGUCGGCACCGGCUUCUACGUCGAGAAGUCGACCGACGAUGCCAAGGAAUUCUACGACCGCAAGAUCAAGGACCUGGAGAAGAACCUGAAGGACCUGGAGGCAAUUGUCACGGGCAAGAGCAACAACCUGCGAGUUAUCGAGGACGUUCUGAGACAGAAGGUCCUCGCCCAACAGCAGGGGCAAGCCGCUGGCGCUGCACAGACUGCAGCCGCGGCGUCGUGA